AUGUCUCAAAGGAAAAAAAAGAGAGAUCCAACGCCGACGAGAGUAGCUUUGGUUUGUCUCAAGACCACUCAAAAUAAUAUUCAAAUCAAUAACUAAUCGUUGCUCAAGAUUUUCUCCAAACAUGGUUCAAUAUCAAAAAUUUUAAUAUUUGAGAGAGGCUAAUUGUUAACAAAAGUCUUUAUUGAAUAUGAUGAGGUAAAUUCUGCUAUUGAUGCUAUUAAAUAUCUAAACAAUACUAAAAUAUUGAAUCAAAUUUCUUGUAAUGUCUAUCACUCUCGUUUAAAGUAACUGAAAUUAGAUACAGUCCCGUAUACGAAAGGACUGGAUUUUACUAAUAUUCCAUCGAACAUUAUUGAGCAAGUUGAAUAAAUUGAAUAGCAGCUUGAAAAUAAUGAUAAAACAUUUAAUAAUAAUGAAUGGCAAGACUUUUAAUUUGAAAAUAGAUCAACAGAUGAAGUGUCAGAUGAAGAGGAACCUCAAUUUUCAGAAGAGAAGAUGAAAGACAUCAUUACAAAGCUUAAUCAAAUAGAUGAGGAGAUAAAUCAAACAAUUGAAACCAAAAUUGUAACUGCUCUAGAUAAGUUGAGACAGACACAACAAUUCAUUAAACAAUAAGAAAAUCAAGUAAUUCAAAUCAAUUAAUGA